AUGGCCAAAGAUAUUCUGAAGAACCAGGACCCUAAACUGCAGGCGAUGAUCGUGGAUCACACAAUACCUGCUCCCAAGGAGAUACCUAUAGAUGAACCCGUUCUUAAAAGGGUUGCUAGACCUUUGAGACAUGUCAAGUUUAUUCCGAUCAAAUCGCUGGUAUUUCAAAGCAAAACAGGACCUAUGGAAUUCUCAUAUGAAAAGAAGAUCAAGACACCGAUUCCUAAAAACAAAAUCGUAGUUCAAAUAAGCAAUGUGGGUUUGAAUCCUGUAGAUAUGAAAAUCAGGAACGGCUACACAUCAUCAAUUUACGGGGAAAUCGGUUUGGGGAGAGAAUACAGUGGUGUUGUCACUGAAGUGGGUGAGAGUUUAAACUAUGCGUGGCAUGUGGGCGAUGAAGUAUACGGUAUAUACUACCAUCCACACUUAGCCAUGGGCUGUUUGCAAAGUUCGAUCUUGGUAGAUCCAAAAGUAGAUCCGAUCUUGUUAAAACCGGAUUCCGUUACUGCAGAAGAAGCUGCAGGUUCAUUAUUUUGCCUGGCAACUGGUUACAAUAUCCUGAAUAAAUUGUUCAAGAACAAGUAUUUGAAGCAAGAUUCAACUGUCUUGAUCAAUGGUGGGACUUCAUCGGUAGGAAUGUUUGUUAUACAGUUGUUAAAGCGUCAUUACAAACUGAAAAAAAAGCUAGUGAUUGUAACGUCGGCCAAUGGGCCUCAAGUUCUGCAAGAGAAAUUCUCUGAUUUUGCAGAUGAAAUGAUUUUCAUUGACUAUUUAACAUGUAGGGGUAAAUCCAGUAGACCGCUGAGGAAAAUGCUCGAAGAAAAGAAGAUUUCCCAAUUUGAUCCAGUAGAGGAUAAGGAAACCAUACUUAGCUAUAAUGAGGGAAAAUUUGAUGUUGUGCUUGAUUUUGUUGGUGGUUACGAUAUUCUAAGUCACUCAAGUUCGUUGAUUCAUGGUGGUGGUGCUUAUGUGACCACCGUAGGCGAUUACGUUGCCAAUUAUAAAGAAGACAUUUUUGAUUCAUGGGAUAACCCAAGUGCGAAUGCAAGAAAAAUGUUUGGGUCUAUUAUUUGGUCGUAUAACUACACACACUAUUACUUUGAUCCUAAUGCUAAAACUUCUUCCGCCAAAAAUGAUUGGAUUGAACAAUGUGGCGACUUUUUGAAGAAUGGUACUGUAAAAUGUGUUAUCGAUAAAGUGUUCGACUGGAAAGAUCAUAAAGAAGCAUUUUCUUACAUGGCUACUCAACGUGCACAGGGGAAGCUAAUCCUGAAUGUCGAAAAAUUCUAG